UAUCAGUCCUUAAAAUCUCCUUUCCCUUUGGAAACAAUAUAGAUGCGGUGAUCUUCAACUCUGAUACCCAAAAAGAUGACUGGAAAAAGAUUUGCCGACCAACCCGAACCUGACCAGUAUUGGCAGAAUGAAAGACGCCGGCGUGCUAGACCUUCUUUGGCUUCUGCAAUCGGGGAAGUUGUGAAGAUGAAUUUUGUGCAAAAUUUCUGCACAGUGUUAGAGCCGAUGCUUCGAAGAGUGGUAAACGAAGAGGUUGAAAAUGGACUGCGAAGAAGAAUACCAUCAUACUCUAGGUCGAAUUCCCUGCGGAUCAAUGCACUCGUACCCUCGAGUACCAUGCAACUCAAAUUCAGAAAGCAUCUUACACUCCCAAUUUUCACAGGCACCAAAAUAUUGGAUGAAGAUGGCAACCCUCUUGAAAUAUAUCUUGUUGACACCAACAACGAUCUAGAGUCGAGCUUUUCCAGUGCUCUAAAAUUACAGAUUCUCGUAGUAGAUGGAGAUUUCCCUUCUAGCAACAGUAUCAUAUGGACUAGCGAUGAUUUUGAAAAGAACAUCGUGAAGGAAAGAAGAGGGAAAAGGCCAUUGCUUGCUGGAGACGUGAGUGUUACUAUGAGAGAUGGCGUUGUUUCCAUUGGCGAUAUUGAGUUAACAGAUAAUUCAAGCUGGAUUAGAAGUAGAAAGUUCAGAAUUGCAGCCCGAGUUGUUCAAGGAGCAACUCCUGAAGUUGUAAUUCGUGAGGCCAUGACUGAAGCUUUCGUGGUUAAAGAUCAUCGUGGUGAAUUGUACAAGAAGCAUCACCCGCCGAUGCUUGAAGACGAUGUCUGGCGCUUAGAGAAGAUUGGAAAAGAUGGUGCGUUCCAUAAGAAACUCGCUUCAAAUGAUAUCAAAACCGUGCAAGAUUUCUUAAAGCUUUCGGUUGUCAAUGAAUCUAAGCUUAGAAAGAUUUUAGGGCUAGGUAUGUCCGAUAAGAUGUGGGAAGUAACUAUAAAACAUGCUAGGACUUGUAUUCUUGUGAGCAAACUAUAUAUAUCACGAGGACCCAAUCAUACGAUCUUCUUGAAUCCUAUAUGUCAAGUAGUCAAAGCCGUGAUCAAUGGAGACGUUUUCACCGGCAAAGACCUUGCUACCCUAAACAAGGUUUUUAUCCAUAAACUUGUUGGAGAGGCUUAUCAAACUUGGGACUCUUUAGAAAUAGUUGAUGGUCUUUUGAAUGACACUCCACGACUAACACAAGGUGAUAUGGUGGAUCAGUACCCAAGGAGUCAGAUAAUGACGGUGGGGAUGUAUGGGGGACAUGCUUAUCCAAUAGCUCAAGCCACUGACUUAGCAUUCGUGUCGACCAAUGACCAUAUUGGUGUUGUGGGUUCGACUUCAUUUUACACCCCAGUUGAGGCUUACAACUUCUCGGAGUCUUCAUCCGAAGGCGAAUUUGCAGCACAUCAUAAUUUCAUCAAGUGAUUGAUGUUGUUUACUCAGUCGUAGACUUCACUUGUAAAUUUGUAUAUAGCUGCCUCCAACAAGUAUGUCAAUAACCAAGCCAAUUCCCGAUCACAAACAUCAUGAAC